AUGGGUGUUUAUUUAAGUGACUUUUAUCCACGUUUAAAAAGUGAACUAGAAAAGGAAAAGCAAUGUUUAGAAUUAAUUAAAGAGAUUGAUAGAAAUCUGAAGGAUGUUGAUAGGCCAAAAAUGAAAAGAAUUCUAGAAAGAGUAGAUCACAAACUUCCUAGUACUAUAUUAACCGUCAAUGCUGAUUAUAAUUGUGACCAAGAAAAUGAAAGAGAAAUUGAAGAAAUGGAGCAGGCUGAGGUUGCUUCUGUAGUAGGAAAAACAUCGGCACAUGAAGAUACUUGGACUUUCGAUACGGUCUUUGAACAAAAUUUUAGAGAGAAAUGUUUACGAGAGGAGAAAGGCUAUCUAAAAUUAAAACAAUUGAGAAAAUGUUUUGAGUUUACCGAUAUUAAGCAUCUGAAAAACUUGAAAUGGCACAAUAAAGUCUUGGCGACAGAAAAUUUUAUAACAACAAUUGAAGACGUAGAUGACAAAAACAAACGAAAUCAAACCGAUUAUUUGAAACCAGUUAACAUGAUAUUAAUUCAUCGAACAGGUAAAGAAGUGUAUUUUAUUAUAGUUUCUACGUUUGAGGCUCAAUAUCUAAUUAAGUUAUUUCAUGAAAAACAAGAUCCUAAAGUAAGCAUAAUGCAUAUCGAUGAUGUGAAUGGUCCUACCAUGGUUCCAACAAAUGCUGUAAUGUUAACCAAAGAAGAAAUCAAUAAGGUAGUAGCUGUCAUUCGAUUAUUUAAUGGAGAUUGUCAUUAUAAUACAGAAGAAAUCAAUGUGAUAAAAAAAUGUGUUGCUAUUGUUGAGAGCAAUGCUUUUCAUGAAAAGAAAACAAAAUCUGAAGAAAUUCAUAAUGAACUUGAAUCUAGACACUAUCUUACGAACAGUUUUAUAACUUCUAAAUUAGCAACUCAAUUAGCUAAUGAAAAUGACAGAAUCUUACUAGAAACAGAAGCUGAGUUAGGAAUUGAUCUUCAACAUCGGCUUCAUUCGAUUAUUAAUGAAAGUAUUUCAGAAGAUGCUGAAAUUGUUUGGAGAUUACCUGAGCUAAUUAAACAGUUGAUUCGAAUUAGAGGGAAAAGUGAACAAUAUUAA